AUGAGCACCCGUUCCAUGCCUCGUUCACUAAUGCGACGUUCGGUUUUGGGAGAUCAAGGCACUUACGAACUUGAUGAGGCCGACAACAAGUCAACAAAGUCGUCCAAAUCGGCAAGGAAAGGGCGACGGAAGUCGAGAAGUGGAUCGCUAGGUCCAAAUAGUCCAACCCUAAGUCAACGAGAACCUCGAAAAGCCACCGUACCACCGAGACGGCGAGCCUCUCUGGGUACAUUCGAUGCAUCCGGAUUCGCCGAAGCACGACCACGACGAAGCACUGUUGAUGGUCAAAAUAAGAUUCGAAGAGUUCGGAAAAAGUCCAAAGAACCUGUUAUGCCUGCUGACUGUGGCAGUGACGAAGGGUCCAAAAAGUCACGCAAGUCUAAACGAUCCCUGGGCAGUCGCAAAUCAACUGCCAACAGAAGUCGCAGAGCCGUGCUGAGUCAACUGCACGAAGACGAUGACAACAAAAGUCAACGGUCAGUCUCACGGAGGGAUCGGAUUGCCGAAUCCAUGUCGAAUGCCUUGGUAGUGGCAAAUGCCGACAUUCAAAUGCAACAAAGGGUCGAGGCACUGCAGUCCAAGAUUGUCGAACUGAAACAGGAGCAACUGGAUGCUCAAACCGAAGCCAUGAAAUUGAACAAGGAAAAGCGAGAUCUCAAAUUGGAACUGCAACGUUCCCAGACUGUAGUCCGAGAACUAAGAGCGGAUUUAUCCGAAAAAGAUUUGACCGUAAAGGAACGAGGCGAAAAGCUGGAGGCGUUGGAAAAGGCAGUAGAAAGUCAGUUGGACAAGGCUGAAGAUUUGGAGGAAGAACUCAAACGUGCCAAUGGCGAAAUCUUUGGGUUGGAGGACAAAUUGCAGCAAAUGGAAUUGCAACUGACUGCCUUUGAGGCCAGUCCAAGUUCUGGACGAGGAAUCGGCGCUGCACCAUCACAGGAACAGGAAACUGAUUUUGAAUCGAAACGACGAGAACGACAGGAACGGCGGUUGGAGCAAAAGGAAAAGGACCUGGAGGAACGAGAACGAAAGCUGCAACGAUUGCAAGCUGCGGUAAAAUCACAAAAUUCAAUUGGAGGAGGAGGAGGAAGAGGAUCCAGUAGUGGAGACAACAAACAACUGGAACAAGAUAACCGAAUGCUACUGAAAGCAUUGAAUAGAGAAAAGAAAAAUUCGGCGACCAAAAUCGAAGUCAAAGAUGCUGAGAUACAGCGACUGAAUGACAAAAUAACACGCUUCUUGGAGGAACAGGGAGGCGAUUACAAUGCGGAAACAGUGAAAGAAAAUCAAUUGCUAGCAGAGCAACUAGAUGAAGAGAAGCAAAGUCAUGCGGACACUGUUCAAAUAAAGGACGAAAAGAUUAACCAGCUGCAGGUGGAACUCAGAAAACUCCAACUCGAUGGCACCCGAAGCAAUCCCAGAGAAGCCGAGACUUACAAAAAUGAAGCAUUGGAGCUGCGGCGGCAAUUGGAAAUCGCAGAACAACGCAAUCAGCUGCUGGAAGACGAAAUUGACAAUUGGAAGAAAAAGAAUAUUGGUUUGGAAGAUGAACUUACCGAGCUCAAAGCGAGAAUAAACAAAUACGCUGGCCAGGCUGCUAACGAGGCCCUAAACAACUCAAAGUUGUCCAUCGCGUCGGAUCAAAAUUCACAGGAUGGGAUCACUAGUGAUGGAGAAAACUCUUCCAAGAGAGGCAUUGGACAUUUGUGGGGUCGGUCUUCAACGAUGAACCGGCUGAAAAAGUUUGGCAAAGUCCUCAAAAAGAAGGCUGAGGAAUCCAAACACAAGGAGGACGCUGAAGUUGAACCUGAAGACAUUGAUGACACUGGAGGAGUGGUCACUGGAACCUUGGCCAGACCUUCCUUUACAGAUUCCGGGGAUGAGAUCGAUGGCAACUCGAUGGGAUCUGGAGAAGUUAUAAAGCGAAGAAAAAAGAAGAAAAAGAAAAAGGCUGACGGCGACGACGAUGAUGAAGAUGAUGAUGCCAUGUCGACUCAGACUGGCAAGAGUAAGCGACGCAAAAAGAAGAAGAAGAAGAUUAUGGUGGAUGGAGAAGAAGUUAGUGUAGUCUCCAGGAAGAAAAAGAAGAAGAAAAAGAUCAUCGUGGAUGGUGAAGAGGUCAGCGUGGUCUCCAGGAAAAAGAAAAAGAAGCGUCGCCCCAAAGGAGUGGACGACGAUGAGAUUUCAGAAAUAUCGCACACGGAAAGGACCGAAAGGACAGCUCGGAGUGCCUUGAAUGAAGAUUCGACGCGGCAGGAUGGAGAAGAAGCAGAAGACGAGGGAGUAAAGUCGUAUUUCGAGUCGGACCAGGCGGACGAUUCUGAAGCCAAGCCACCUGCUGUCAAAACCGAAGAUAGCAAAUCGAUACCUGCAGCUGUGGACGAUGCCGCUUCAUCCGAUGAUGAUGUAUCCAUAUCAUCGCUAAAGGACGAGACCAAAGAGGAGACAAAGAAUAAAGCACCCGCUCCUCAAGCAGACAGCGAGGACGAUGCGGAAGCCAUGGCGGCUAUUGCUAGCAGAUAUGCCUCAUCAGACGAUGAUUCUUCCAUCGAGCAAAGUGCGAACUUUGCUGCUCCCAAAGAGAAGGAAGACGGGAUUCCAAAGGAGGAAGCUCCAGCCCCUCAGAUGGAUAGCGAGGACGAUGCAGAAGAAAUGGCGGCCAUCGCCCACAGAUAUGCCGCAACUUCAGACGAUGAUUCUUCGAUCGAGCAAAGUGCGCGCUUUCCUUCUGCCAAAGAGAACGGUGAUCAGUCUUCCGAUGAUGUAUCCUUGGGCCCAUCUGUUGACGAUAAUCUAGAGAAAACCCCUGGAGACGACGCAGCGAUUGAAGAGGACCAGAAGGGUAACGACUCGGAUUCCAGUUCGGAUGUGUAUAUGGACGAAAAAAAAGAAACAACACGAGACCUGGAUACCACUGCUGUCAGCGAAGAUGAGGAAGGACAAAACAAGGAUGACGCUUCCGCCACGAGCUCCGAUAUGUACAUGGACGAUGAAGAAAAGGAAACACCAAAGGAAGCAGAACCAACUCUAAAGCCAGGUGCUGCAGAAGUAGACAAGGGUGCUGACUCCGACUCGAGCUCCGACAUGUACAUGGACGAUGAAGAAAAGGAAGCCAAGAAGGAGAUUGAAUCAACUCCAGUUCCUGUCCCGAUUACGAAGGAAGAUGAGGACGCUGGCAGGGAUGAUGGAUCCGAUGCCAGUUCUGAUGUAUACAUGGAGGACGAGGAAAAGGAAGCGAAAAGGGAGGUUGAAUCUUCCCACGAUCCUGCCCCGAUGGCGAGCUCCGCUGCCAAUACGAAACUACUAGCUACUAUUGCGAGACUAGAACAAGAAAAUGAGAAGCUCGAACAAGAACAGGAACGAGUCGUAGUUGAAAGCCAAGGCAUCAAUGAAGAGCUGGAAGAGCUUCGACAAAAGACAGAACAGCUCGAACAAGAUAAGGAAGAAGUUAGCAAGCAGUACUCGCAACUGAAGAAGGACAUUGCCAAUUUGAACGAACAAAAGAACGAUCUCAGUCAGGCCAAUGAGAAGCUUGUGGAAGAAAAGGAACAGCUUUUGGCACAAGGAAAAACUGGUGCGGACGAAGGUGCCGAGAAAACAGGAGAACAGCAGAAACUUGAAACGAGCAUCGACAAUUUGACCAAGGACAAGAAUAAGCUGAGUGAGACAAAUGAACAACUGAUGGAAGAAGUAGAGAGAUUAACGGAAGAGAAUGACGAGCUUGCCGGAACGAAGGAAGUAUUGGAGAAUACAGCUUUCAAGAAGGAACAAGAAAUCGAGAAACUCGAAGUGGAAAAUGAAAAGCUGAAGGAAGUAGAGCGGGAUAUUGCAGAGAAAAAUCAGCUGGUGGAAAGAAAAAAUAAAGAAUUGGAAAGCUUGCGAUUACAGCUUGCCGAAGCGCUGGAAUCAAGUCAGCAACGCAGUCCCGAGGACGAUGGCAGAAGUGACAAAAAGGAUGAAGAGUUGGAACAGCUUCGAGCAGAGAACAUCAAACUCCAAGAGUCUGCUGACAAUUUUAAGUCAGAGAAAGAAAAGCUUGAUGCAACAAUGGUCGAGUGGAACCAACAGUUGGAAGAUGCAGAGACAGAGUUGGAGACUCUAAGAUCCAAAGAAGUAGAGGCAUUAGAAAUUCAACAGCAGCGGGACAAUCUUGAGGAGGAGAUUGAUCAACUUAUGGACGAUUAUGAUAAACUCAAAUCAUCUCUGAAUGCGCAAAAGAAGGAGAACGAAGAUUUGAAGGCAUCAAUACAGAAUUCUGGUGAAGAUCCAGAUGCUAGUGCGAGAAUUGAAGAGCUGGAAGGGGAGCUGAAGGAAAUGUCAGAAGAAAUGGAACAACUACGUGAAGAAAAUGGUUCUCUCAAGGGAAGCUAUCGCGCAAAAUCAGAAAGUGCCCAGAAUAUGGAACAGGAUCUUUCUGUCUUGCGAGAACAGAUCGCACAAUUGACUCAGGAAAACGGCAUCUUGAGGGAGGAAUUAUCCAACACGACUCCAGAUAAGGAAACUACACAGCAAGUUGGUGAGCAGACUGGAGAGUUAGCAACUAUGCAGAAACAGCUGGAUGAUGCUUUGGCAAUGAACGCGAAUCUUGAAAAGCAACUUCGUGCAAAGACAAAUAGCACUAAUGUAAGUGCCGAUGGUGAUCUGGAAACAGAAUACAAUCUCCUUCUGGAAGAAAAAGCGAAACUGGAGGAUGCAAUGGACGAACAGGAUGAUCGUAUGGAUAAACUCGAAGAAGUGAUCAUAACGCAACUGGACAAGCUGGAAGAGUUGGAGAAUACUCUGGUUGCAACCGAAGAUGAAAUGUUUAAGAUGGAGGAAGAGCUAAGGGAACUUAAACAGGGAGAACCACAGCACGAGCAAUACAUGGAAAAGAAGAAGAAGGGACGCACGGCACGCCAAGAGUCUUUGCGAAUGGAUCGCCAGUCAUCGCAAAGGCUUCUCAGCGGGUCAUCUCAUGGCGCUUCGAAAAAGAAUUCACGUGGCAUGGGUAUGAUGAUGGCAGUACCUUCUGAGGCUGACGAGGAUAACUCUGAAGAGUUGCAAAGAGAAAUUGAGAAGAUGAAGGUAACAGUUCAAGUUCUAGAAGAAGAUAACGAAGCACUACGCGAAGAGAAGGAACGACUCAUCAAGAAACACGAAGAGGAAGACAAGAUUCGCGACGAGGAUCUCUUGAUGAUUCAAGAGGACAUUGACAUAAAAUUCAAGAAAUUGGAGAAACAAAACAAAGAGCUUAAAGCCAAGGUGAAACAACUCAAGGAAGAGCUAAAGGCAUCUGGUGGAUCUUCAUCGGCACCUAGCGCGGGUACUCACGGAGAAAACCUUGCAAGAGAACAGCGCAUCAUCGAACUCGAGGAAGAGUUGGAAGCAGCAAGAAAGGUCAUUGAGUUUGAGAAAACAGAUGAAUACCUACAACGGUUGAAGCAAGAAGUCAAGGCAUACAAGGAAGGUCAACGUGACUUGAAGCGGCAACUGCGAGCAGAAAAGGACCAGGCUCGAAAGAAGUUGAGAAAGAAGGAUGAGUCUAUUGAAUUCUUACAGAAGGAAAUGAUCAAGAUGCGCAAAGAGGUUGAAUUCAAACUUUCCAAACAACGCACGCAACGAAAUGCCGCAAAACAAUCCUUGGAUGAUAUCGGCUUGCAAGAGCUCCAAGACCUUGAAGAUGAGAUUGCUCAUUGGAAGGGUGCCAACAUUGAGUUGGAGGAAGACCUUGUAAAAUUGAGGGGUGAAAUUUCGGAAUGGAAGGACAAGGCCAAGAGUGCGGGUUACAGGGAAGAUGGCGAAGAAAGCUCGGAUGAUGACGACAAUGCUUCAGUCCAUAGCUUCCGUAGUCGGCUUUCUCAGCUUUCUAAGCCACUGACCUCAGUAGAAUCGACUGCUGCGGCGUCUAACUUCUUUAAUCGUUCGCCAGGAAAGUUCUCAAGCGGCAAUUCAACUACAAGCGGGGGAAUUGGUCUGGGUGGUUUGUGGAACCGGAUGACAGCUCCACAAGACCAACCGAAUGCAGCUCCAUAUUCGUCGGGGAUGUUGGACGAUUGA